AUGCCCACCUCACAGUUUGACAAAGCUUUCUCUCUACUAGAGCAAUCCUUCAGAGAUGCCAACUUCCUGCAAGCCUACAAGGCACUACCUUCGCGACAAACGACCGAAAAGGCCGAAUCGCCUAGGCAUGCCGACUUCUCUGACAGCGACGAUGACUCGGACUUGUCGGAUGCCGAUAUGCAUGAGGGAUACCGGCCUAGAGAUGCUCCUUCUAUCUCCCUCAUGCGCCGCAAUUCGACACUUCCUCCUACACCGCCUACACAAUCGCGCAAUGCGAGCGCAGCCUACCCUCAUCUGGUAGCCUUGCCACGGGAAAAAGCAGGCACCAACACACCUCCGAAUCAACAGAGACCUCCAACUCCCGACCUGACCCCACCAAAUCCCCGUACCAAAGAUCUUGCGCCGCCACGCCCUGCCAUGCCACAUUCUGUAUCUUCGCGCGCCGAAUCCUUCAUGACAGCAAGAGAAACACAAUGUCAAGCCAGUGCCAGCACGAGUCAGGCUAGCCUUCCGCUCAAAUCAGAAGCCGGGCACAAGUGGUUGGAUGCGACAAGGGGUAUACGACUGAGCAGUCUGCCGCUGAAUGUUCCGGACAGGCACAGUCAAUUGUGGGGUUCAUCAUCCAGUUCUGGGGAGACGACACCAACACAAGAAACACAUAGUGCUUUUCCAGCACCUGCCGUUUCCUCCAAUCUGUUUGAAUACAUUCUCCCAGGAGACCUGGACAGGGAAUCUUCAUCUACUCCCGAGUCCGAGGCUGGCAAUUUCAUGAGGAAUGUAACCGUCCGCAAGAAGCGUGCGGGUAACUCUCACCAACAAACUACAUCCAGUCAGAACAUCCCGACUAGUAGUCACAAGAGAUCAAUAUCUGUAGUCAUGCCGCAGUCUGAGGGCGCUAAUGGGAGCCCUUCUACAGUCAAACACGGAGAGACUCUUGAUUGGUCGGAAACGGAUAACGAUCAUCUUCACCAACACAUGCGAAACGACAAGUCGAAACGUCUAUCUGCUGCAUCCACUACAUCCACUGUCAUCGAAGCCUUUGUUGUUACGCAUCCACGUCAACAGCAGAAACAACCAGCCCUACGACGAGUCAGCAGGGUCGAUACCCUGCGUGAAGAUGCUUCUUCAAGACGUAGCUCUUUCGAGUCUCAACAUACUAUGGAUCACCGACCAUCACCUCUGCUUGGACGGAAGCACUUGGUCAAUGGGGAUAUCGAUGCAGCGCGAUCUGUCUCUAACCCUGAGACAGGUCGCGUAAGCAAGGUGCCCAUAAUUGUCAUUCCUGAGCGCCGCUCAUCUCGCUCUUCUGCCUCUAGUGAGGUGGUUGACAAGACACAUUUGCUUAUUCCUCGCAAGAACCGGCUGCAUCACUCGAAGAACCACGUUUCUCUGAAGCAAGAUUAUAUCGAGAGUGAAACCCCGCGUACAUCGUUGGAUCAGCAAGUUGAUCUCAACAGCGACAUAUGGCUCGACUAUGCAGCUCCUGAUCAAGAUGCUCAACAGCCACGAACAAGAUUACGCCAUGUAUCUGCGCCCAUCCGUUCCGCUACCAGUUCUUCCGCGAAUGCUUCGAGGGAUUUGUUCAGCCGCGUACAUGGCCAGAGUGCGAAGAUAAGCCUCGGUCCACAGCAAGGUUGGAAGAGACAUUCUAUUGACGCUGAACUCGAAUCGCCCGAGCUGGAACGUUCACCGAGGCUAUCUAUGGAUCGUGUCCAGCCGAUCGAUCACAGGUUGUUGCUACCUUCACAGCAGAAGAACUUGUCAACACAAGCACUGUCUGAAUAUGCCCAGCCGACUUCGCCUCGUAAAUCUUCCGAUUCUAGGGAUGUUCGCAAUUUCCAUUCCAGUACAAGUCCUUUUUCACAGCUCUCCGACCGAACAGACGCAAUGGAGCUGAACGAGGCCCAAGCUAUUAAUCUCUACCCACACGGGAACAACUCCUUACUCAUGGUUCAACAUGUCGCCAAGAGACGAUUAGCGGAAGCUCAGAAUGCAGAUGGAGUCAGAGAUAUCAAAGCGCAGGAAACACCCGGCAGUGAAAUGGAACCCGUUGUGGAAGGCUCACGUCCUACUUUCCACGCCAUCAUCGACAUACCAACACCUCCUACUCUCGAAGAUUCCAGUCGCGUAGAAGUUGACUCUCCUCUUCGAAACCCACGCGCAGCACCCCAGCCACCUCGUCUUCCCGCUGUGAUCAUCAGUCCUGCGACUCCAUCCUCUCAACUCCGUAAGACGCCAUCUCCUCCCUCACCACCACUCCGCCGACCAUCUCUUGUCGAAAAGGCUCGAAGGUAUUCCGAGAACUUAAUUCAGCCAUUCCUCUCAUCUUCCAUUUCGAGGCGAAAUAGCACUUUGUCGCAAAGACCAAAGAGCCAACAAGACAGAGAUACGACUCUGCAUCCCUUCUGGCGACCUAGAGGCUUCUGGGACGACUUUACUGAUAGCGAGGAGGAGUAUUCAGAUGACGAGUUGCCUUCAGGCGGCGAUACCUCUGAUGUUCAAAGUCUGGAAUCUAUCGAGCAAAGCAGGGGUUGGAGACCCAAACGUUUGAGCGUGAGGCUACCUGGCUUUAGAGGCCAGGGCGGUUUCAUGCUGGGCAACUCUCUGGGCAUCGAUAGACACGAGCAGAAACAAGCAAAAUUCUCUUCUUGCGAGACUAUUCGUUUCAUUCCCGAUUCUCAGGAAGAGAAAGAGCACAGAUCUGCUGAGGACAGCGGCGCAGAGUACGGAGAGUUUACGACGCUUGAGCCAGAGACAUUCACGACGAUGGGACUUGAGCGGUUUGAGGAGAAAGAUGAGGAGAUCAAGGGAAGAAUUGGAGCGCCUAUCUAUGCGGAUGCUUGA